AUGUCACUACAAAGCAAAAACUUUGGUGCCGUAUCGUGUGAGCCCUGCAAAGCCUUUUUCCGUAGGAAUGCGUUGAAAACUACUCUUAUAUGCCAUUACGACAAUAAAUGCAAAAUUGAUUCAGUCACUAGAAAGUUUUGCCCAAAGUGUCGAUUAGACAAAUGCCUGGCCAUUGGAAUGAGACAGGACUGGUUACUAAAUGAAGAGGACCGGGAGAUGAAAAGACUUAAAAUAUUAAUAAAUAAGAAACGAAAAAAUAGUAGCAGUAACACACAUAUUAGCGAUGAGAGUAUAAAAUCAUUACCAGACACAUACUAUGGACAUCAAAUUUUAAACACCAAUAAUACCACAUAUAAUGAUAUUUUGAAUGAAAUACUCGAAGACAAUAAUAUCAGUACCGAUGCCCUCAGCGAACAGAUUAGAGAUAUAGACAGCACUGUUACCAACGGAUUCAUCGAUAAUAUUGUGGACAAUAGUCUUAAUAACUCAACCAAUUUACCAAAUAAUCAACAAAUUAGUAUUAAUAGUAAUAACUCACAAAUUGGUUAUAAUGUGUCAAAUGAGACAAUCGAAAAGGCCGUAGAGUUCGCCUAUCGGGUGAUACCUAUCGCCCGACCUCUAAGUGAAUGCAACACUGGUUUCAAUGAAAAGGAGACUUAUUUAAUGAAUGAAUUGAUGACAUGCACUCAGUUUAUGUAUACUCCUAAGAGUAAUACAAACAAAUAUUUGGAUAAUAUGUAUGACUUUCAUAAGUCACUUAACAUUAAGUAUGACCGAUGUAUCAGAAAUGUGAUCAAAGCGGUGAAAGGGUUGUCCGCAUUCAGAGAUGUCUGUGAGUCCGACCAGAUCUCACUACUAAAGUACGGGUGCUUUGAAGUCACAUUCUUGAGGUCUAUCAUGUUUUUUGAUUACACAAAUAACUCGCUCAAAAUUUCUAUGGACCAGGAUCAUUCGAUUAUGUCCUCAAUAGUUAUGUUCAAUCCGGAUAAUCCAAACCUUGCUAAUAGAGAUUAUGUCAAAUAUUUACAACUCAAGUAUCGAUCAGAAUGUGAGGCAAAGUCACGAUUCUUGAGACUAAUGAAUGUAAUCACGGGUUUAAAUGUCUUAAGAGAGGCUCAGAGGAAGCUUAUAAUGGAAGAAACGCCAAAGACUUUGAUUCAGCCACUUCUGCAGGAGGUCUUUGAUGACACCUGA